AUAAUUAAUUCAUUUUCAAAUUCAAAUUAUAUUUCCCCGCUAUUUUUUUCUUAAUGACACCAAUUUAAAAAAGUAAAACAUGGCUACAAAGAAAAGAGAAAAAAAAUUAAGGAUUAUUGCGAGAUUCCUGUCCUAUGUCGCCCUAAAAACGCAGCAUAGAGUACUAACAAAAAUUACCUACAGACUGGCUUGCAACUCCCCGAAAUCCCGCUAUCUAAAAUCUUUACCUAAAAUAAACGGACUUGUCAUCCAAGCCAGGAUGUUGCUACAACAUGGAAAUAACUCUGAGUAUCGGAAAUUUUUCGGCAUGAACAAAUUAGAGUUCAAAACACUCUCUAUGAAACUUACUCCAAAACUCUUGUCUACAUCGAAAAAAGAGAUUCCAGGGAUGUCUCCAGAAGCUAAGUUGGCCUGUACAUUGAACUACCUCCGAAGCGGUUCAAGUUUCACAGUUCUGGCCAUUUGGUGGUCAAUUAGCUCGCAACACUUGGGUUUUGUUGUUAAACAGGUUUGUCAGGCUCUGUGUGAUCUUUUGAGUGUAGAGGCUGAUUGCCGCCCGAAAAAUCUCGAAGACUGGCUUAAAAUAGCUGACGAGUUCGAUAGUAGAUGGAGGUUGCCCCACUGUCUAGGAGCGGUUGACGGGAAGCAUGUGAAAGUAGUGAAGCACCCAAGAAGUGGUUGCCUCCUCCACAAUUACAAGGGGUUUAACUCUAUCAUCCUCCUUGCUGUUGUCGACGCAAAGUACAGGUUCAUACAUUUUAAUGUGGGGGCGUAUGGUUCAAGGAGUGAUGGAGGUGUAUGGGCAGAGGACAGACUUGGGUCAGCUCUGAACAAGGGCCACCUCGACAGCUUUAUUCCUGCACCAAACUACCUCCCCAGAGACGAGAAGAGAUCCUGUGGAUUGGUCAACUACUUCUUCGUCGGGGACGACGCUUUCGGGCUUCAGCCCCACAUGAUGAAGCCAUUCAGGGUUAGGAACGGGAUGGAGGACAAGGAUCUAAUGGAUAAUACCAACUACCGCUUAUCCAGUGCGAGAAUGGUGGUCGAGUGUGGUUUUGGGCACUUGGCCCGAAAAUUCAGAGUUUUUGAUGUUCUCCAUACGAGAAAGGAGAUGACCACCUUAGUUGUGAGGACGUGUGUUCACAUCCACAACUUCCUUCGGCUCAGCAGAGAGGAUGAGGAAAAGGAGAUCAGACAGAUCAUGAAGCCGGCGAAGAGAAAUUUUGAGUCGAUGUUUCUUCCUCCCCGACCCUUCUCCCGGCCACUCUUGAAGGAGAAGGCUGAAGUUAACCGUUACCGACUUCACCUUUACUUCAACGCUGUUGAUAUAAUUAAAAGAAAAAAGAAGAGAAGAAGCCGGAACACUGUGUUACGAGGCAGUAGACCCCCCAGCGCAUUUUCUGGAGUUGAUUGUCGCGCGCAUUUUCUGGAGUUGGGUUACAUCUUGGUGACAGUACAAAUACACUAUCAAUUCGAGGUUGCCUUCAGAAAUUUCAAUUACCGGAAAAAUCUUUCUAAUAGGACAGACAUUUGUUGACAUCUUACCAAAGUGGGCAAUCUCCGGAGCAAGGCUCAAGCUCACUGCUUAUUUCACAGCCUCCAGCACAACAAGUGUAACCGUGACCUGGCUGCAGCUAAAGGGCGUGAACAGCAACUGGAAAGAUCUCGGAACAGGAGCCGGCUACCAUAACGUCCUCUCAAAGUUAGACGAUCGCAGCGUCAUGUCUGCAACCCUGGUCAUUGAUAAGAUAAAGAAAUUCGAUAUAACAGCAUACAAGGCUCGAAUUAAAAUGUCUGGUUUCGAAGUGACAACAGGUCUGAUCACUUUGAAAGCUGUCUCAGCUAAUGUGCCAGUGGUCGAUUCUGACUUUGAGGGCAAAUCUGCAUUCUUUCAUGUAGCGUUGAUAAUUGGACCCGAACCAUUAAGUGUAAUGUUAGUUCAUGAACAGAGUGGUAAAGAAGUGUCGGUGAAUUUACCGAGUAUGUCCUCACGUACUCCUCUUGAAGUGAACCAUGAGAUGAAAAAAGCAUUUUCCUGUGAUGAUGGGUCUUACUACUUCAAAUUUACGUUCGAAAAUGGCCAACAAUACACAACAAGCAAAGUGAAACUUGCGAUGAAGAGGAGGUGUAGACCCCUAACUAAGCCACCAAACACAGUACUUACAAAGGAGAAAGUGGCCGGCUCAAGCGACUACAAGUUCAAAGUUACCUGUGCUGAUGAUGAUCCGACCUAUGUGAUAAUGAACGAGGAUAGAACUGAGGCCAGGUGCGAUACCACAACGGGAAGAUGGGAUCACACUGCUCUUACUCCCUGUUGCAGAACCAUCGACCCGACGGAUGACUAGAUCGAAACAAAUUGGAAAAAGAUUAUUCAUUUAUAUUUUAAUUAUGAGCGAUUGUUAAGGUUACAGUAUUAAGACUAAAAAUAUGAAUUGUAUAUCGAGGUUCCUAAAAUCAUGACUGCUGCUUUAACAAUGUUGAAAUGUUCUGAUUUUUAUUAUGAUAGUGCAUUUUCUUUACUAUUAAUUUCAUUUUUUCUGUUUUGUUAACUACUUACUUUGACUACAGUUUUUCUGUUUCCUGUCCAUUCUGAAUUCUGUUUUUUGUAGAUUUAAGUUUCACUGUGUGAAGAUGUAAAAAUAUUAUAAUUUGCGUAAUAAAUU